GGAUGUUGGAACAAUCCCGAGAUACGCGAGAUGGAGAUACCGUCGGCUAACGGCAUUGGCACGUCGACGGCGCUAGCAAAGCUCUACAGUAUACUGGCCACCACGGGAGAGCUGGAUGGUCAGGUGCUGCUAAAACCCGACACAAUCACCAAGAUGCGCGAACAGGUGACGUCGGGGAAGGACGUCGUCAUGGGAGACUACGUCGCCUCUCAGUUCACCGCCGGCGGAUUCUUCACGGGCUGCGAAUGGGUGAACUCGGACGGGCGCCCUCUGUUUGGCACGUACGACCUUGAAGGUCGCGGUUGCCAGACAACGCUCGCGGACCGCGAGGGAGAACUAGCAUUCUGCUAUCUUACUAACGGCCACAAGUUCGACCCGGAAGAUCACAGGGCCAGCGACCUGGUGACGGCCGCUUACAUGUGUACCGACAAACUGGAAGUGGAGAUGUGAAGCGCCGCAUGGCCCC